AUGGCGGGUGCCGGCCAACGGGCAUCGGUCAUCCACGUGAUGAUGGCGCUGCUAGCAUUGAUCCAAGAACCCGAACCUGACCAUCCACUCCGAGCCGACCUCGCCGAAGAAUUUAGCAAAGAUCGUAAGAAAUUCAACAAGACCGCGGAGGAGUUCACUAAGAAACACGCGGAAAAGCGACCCGAAUGA